GAAUCGGAUCCUAAAAAAUUCUUAUUUAAAAGAUACGAGCAUAGUUUUACAUAUUUUAUUUGUAAAGAAACUUUAAGUCAUUUUUUAUACUAUUCUUAUUUCUGGUUCUUAUUCUUUAUUAGCUCCUAAGUUUUAUAUAUCGCGGGUUAAGCGCGUUUUUACAAACAAAUGCUACUGUGUGCGUUGUAUCGGCUCAUAAAUACGGCGUUUGAAUUAUAAGUAUUUUAUUAUGAAAAAUCUUGUCUACUUUCAACAGUUUGUCAUCACAGAGAUAUUGCUAUGUAAUUGAUUGCAUUGCCGAAUCAACAAAACCGGAUUGCCCAUAAUAUCUACUCGCGUUGUUGUUACUUUUAGUCUCUUUCUUUUUUUCUGUAUGCCUUUUUUGCUUAUUAUGUUUGCAUUGGUGUCAUAAUCGUGGUGUUCCACUGUCGCCCAAUCAUCGCCACAUCGAUUCAUGUGUGUGUGUGUGUGUCUAAUGAGUUUGAAUUUGCUGAUUAUUGGCAGAUCUCUAUAGUUCAGAAUGUGUUCGUCAUCAAUCGAAACAAUGGAUUCACAAAUCAACAAAAUUGAGGCCAUUCUAAAUGGAACAAUCAUCGACAAUUCCGAUAAAGAGUUCUUACAGGUAGACUAUUCACUCGGACAGCAGAACGAUGAAUCAAAUGCCCGUGGAAUUGAUGCUAAAGUUUCCAAUGAAUUUGGUCCCAAGAUCGGCCUGAAUGUAACGUUCAUCGUCACGGCGGUUAUUUUCAAUGAACGGCAAGAAGUACUCAUGAUACAGGAAGCCCGAUCAACAUGCUCAGGAAGUUGGUAUCUACCUGCAGGUCGUGUUCAACCAAAAGAAUUGCUUGAGACUGCCAUUGAACGUGCCGUACUAGCAGAAUCUGGCCUUUGUUUCCAACCAAUCUCUGUGAUCAAAGUAGAAUCAUCGCAUGGAAAUUGGUUUCGUUUUGUCUACAUAGGACGUAUCACUGGUGGUCAGUUGAAGACCGUUUCGAAAGCAGACGAACAAUCGCUCCAAGCCUGUUACGUAGAUGAUGCUGGUCAUCUAUCGUUACGAUCUCGAGACUGCCUUCCAUUGAUCGAAUUUGCUCGUGAUUACUAUCGUAAUGGCCAAUCAUGGCACUCGCCCCAAUUGAUUUGUCGACGCUACAUUCCCAAUCUCUACAUGCGAUUGGUGAUAGCAUCCUGGGACCAACAAAUUGGUAAACAUCGAAUUCUCAUUGCACAUUCUUUGUCACCACAUUUACCAAUCUGUCAGCUUAAUCCCACUCGAAGCGUAUAUUCUACAUUAAAACGCUUCAUGCAGUAUUUAUUUGGCGGCAAUGACGGCAUACCGAGCAAUUCGGCAGUUCCACCGCAUAAACCACUGGGAUUAAUGGCUAUCGAGCAUGAUUUUGCCGACCAUACUGAUCAAUACGAUGGUCUAUGUCUAACGCUGUUAGUUCAUUGUAAACAUUCGGAUUCACCUCUACACAGUGGAUUCACAUGGACUAUUCUGAGCGUCACGGGCGAACAACUUUUAGUUGACAAAUUGUCUUCCCGAUUCAAAACCAUAGCUCAUUCAGUGCUUUGAAGCAACACUUGGCCAUAUUUUAAACCACAAUGGAAUAAUAAUUAAAACAAGGAAACAUAAUUAA